GUUUAUAUUAUGAAAAAUAUUAUUGUGAUACAUAAAAGUGUUUGAAAUGUUUUAAAUUUUUAAGAUUACCAAGUUAAUACUUUAAUCUGAAAGGGGCUGCAGACCUGGACAGAUUAGGGUGUUACAUGGGGUCUGUGAGGGGAGAGGAAAUGCAUCACAACAAAGAUAUGGAGCACAAUGAAACUGUGAUUGGUGUAGAGGGUGAUGAAGUUUGUCAUGACCUGGGUGUGAACCUCCAGAUUGAAAUGAUGGUUGAGGAGGGAAGGUUGAGCAAGACGAAAACUGCUUUGACGUUGAAGUCACCAUACCUAACACGGGUGGUAGAUCCAAGAGAUAAUGCUAACACAUCGGAAAGAAAUAUUUGGAAGUGGGUUGUGAGGAAUAAAGAUGAAGACAGGGAGGAGGUUGUGUUCAAUGGGUAUAAUAUUUUGGUUGAGCGUGGACAUUUGUUGACGUUCGAAAGUGGCCAUCACAUAUCUCCACGGGUAGUUGAUGCUUGGUCUUGCAUAUUGAAUCACAAGGAGAUGUUUCGUAGCGUUGCGUCUCCAGCCCGGUUUUUUGCAAAAACAAUUAACUGUAUGUUCAUGAGUGAGGGGGAGGUGGAGAAAGAUGUGGAUGCUUAUAAAGUGGUUUCUGAUGCUCUGGAUUAUGGGUGGAGCUUAACCAAUCCAUGCAAUGCUGAUAUGAUAAUUUUUCCAGUAAUGCAACAUCGUUGGUGUUAUUGCAUAUGUGUGAACCUGAAAGUGAAUAGGGUUGAUAUCCUUGACAGCUCAUCGGCUGGUGUGGCAAAGAUUGAUAAGUAUGAUGAAAUGCCAAACGUUGUGCGAAACAUGGUUGUUAAGUAUUUUGAAAAUAAAGGUAUGGAUGGCCGGGUGGAAAAGGUGAAGGCACAACUGCCAAAACGAUUACAACUGCCGUGGAGGGAUUCGACUGCCAUAUUUGAUUGUGGUGUGAUCACAAUGCGCCAUAUGGAGACGUACACGGGGCAGACAUUGAAGCGGUGGGACUGUGGUUUGAAAAAGGGGGAUGGAAAGGCGGUGAAUGCACUUAGGACAAAGUACUGUGCUGCAAUAGUCGAAUCAGAUGUGAACGGGGUUAGGGAGAAGAUUAGGCAGUUGGUGAAGCACAAUACUGGAUGAAGACUGCAUGCUUGGAUGAGAAAUUAAUGUUUUAAUGAGUGACUUGGCAUGGGGAUUAUGAUCUGUUUGUUUUAUGUUUUUAGGACUUGCAUUUGGGUGACAUUUUGAUGUUUUUGGUUUGGUGCAUAGCCCCUGAAUGAGUCCAUCACUGGCUUGUUCAUUUUGCUAGAUGGGGUUGAAUUAUUGCUCAAAAUGAGCGUAGUUAGUAAUAUCUUU